ACUUAAUCCCAGGAAAUAUAUUUUCUCGAUUUCUUGAUCAAGAUAUUUCGGUUCGCGAUGAUUUGAUAAAUGCGAUAAUUUUUUGUUUCGAUGCUACGGUCUUCGAGAGUCUGACAUGAGUGCACAUGCGCAUGCAUAUUGUUUUUAUAGAAAAAAACCUUUACAAAUGCGCUUGCUGAUUCAUAGAAUCAAAAAAAGACGGCUUAUCAAAAAAGAAAAAAAACGGGUAGUAUGAUACGCAAAAUCUACUAGAAAUCAAUAAAAAUGUGAAGUGGAUAAUGAUAUUUUCUCGGAUGAGAUAGGCAAGUAUAUUAACAUCUCAAAUGUAGUAGGAAAUUUUUCAUCUCAUUAGAUCUCUUAGAAAUUAUAAUCUUACAGCUGUUUGUUAUCUUCCUUUGGGAUUUAUGUCCCCGACCCUACCAAACACAAAAACGUGCUUGGUAAAGCCACGUGAAAAGGGGAGAAUUAGAGUCUACUUUACUAAACAUUACAAUAUUUUCCUUAAAGGGAGGCGUGGCCCCCGCCCCAUCAAACACAAAUAAGUGCUUGUUUAGGCCACGUGAGAAGGGAAGAAUUAGAGUCUAUUUUACUAAACAUUACAAAUUUUUCUUAAAGGGAGGCGUGGCCCCCGCCCCACCAAACACAAAUAAGUGCUUGUUAAGGCCACGUGAGAAAGGAAGAAUUAGAUUUCAUACUAAACAUUACAAAAUUUUCCUUAGAGGGACGCAUUUCCACGACUCCACCAAACACAAACAAGUGCUUGUUAAAACCACAUGAGAAGGAAAGAAUUAGAGUCUAGUCUAAAUAUUGCAAGACUUUCCUUAGCGGGACACAGCUCUUUGUGAGGUCUGUCGUUUAAUUCUGUGGAUACCUGUUCAAUUUUUUUUUAAAAGGCCGCUUUGGGCUUGGGUUGCUUAGGGCUUCGUGUCCACUUCUAGUGCGAUUGAUCAUUUGAAAUGAAUUGAUCAUUUGGAACAGCAAUUAUUUUCCUAUUGUACCCUGGCUUGUUUUUAGCAGCUUGGUGAGGGGUAUAGUCUGUGUAACCAAAAGGUUAGAGCUAAACAGUGUAGAGUAUUUAUUUCUUAACGGAAGAGACUAAGUACCCAUGAAUGUUGACAAAAAAGCUCAUUCACACGUAAGAAAGAGUUUUUUCUUGGAAUGGUAUUUUUAAAGACAUAAUUGUGAUCUUCAAAAUCAGCUUACAAGCAUAUUAGCGUUUUACAACUUGUGGUCGAAGUUAUUACUGCAAUUUUCUAAAUUAUAAUGCUAAUUAAAACUCAAGCACUUGAGAGAAAGCGAAGGUCCUUAAACACCUUGCCUUGUAUUCGUAAAAAUAUCUUGAUCGUUUUAACAGUUUUAACUCCCUAUUUCACUAUUAUAAAUCUCUGUCUAGAGAAGAACACUUAGAACCACAUUAAAAUUAAUUCAAAACCUUAUUUGCAGUUGAAGUAAAUCGAAUGUUAGCUGCUGUUAAUGUUAGCUUAUAAUUAUGGUCUUCACAUGCAAAUAUCAAACACACCUGAUGAAAUCAUCAGUAGAAUAUGAACCGUGAUAUUGUGUGGGAAGCGCAAUUUUUUUUCUUGGGAAGCCAAAAAUAAUUAAUUUGGUGGGUAGACAAAUGCACCCAAGUGUGAACACCAACUUUGUUCAAUGUUCUAUCAAAUGCAAUAGAAAAGCAACACAGGCGUGGUUGAAAUGAAUACAAACUGAGAGGAAGAAAGAGGACAAUUAAGGCAGAUGGUAAAUCUCUUCGCAUUACCUCCCACUUCACUGAUGAUGGUCCAUUUAAAUGCGUUAUAACGAGCCCAUAAAGAGAGUUCUACUUCAGUUGCAUAAAGCCUUCGCGAAGUAACUUUCUCCCACAAGAUAACAGUCACUAAUCAAAGGUGGCAGCGAACUCUAGAAACAAACCUACGUUCAACAACACGACACCUGAAAAAAGACAUGGCUUUUUCUUCCGUGGAUUGUUUAAAUGUAUCGGCUCCAAUGGUCCUCCCAUUUGUCACCGGUGGGAUAUCACUUCUUCUCUCCAUUCUUGUUAUCCCAGGGAACUUUCUAAUCCUCCUCGCCAUCUACAAAGACCCAAACCGAGAGCUCCGCAAUCCAUUCAACUUAUUCGUUGGAAAUCUUGCAUUGGCGGACUUACUUGUCGGGUUAGUGGUUCUUCCUCUCUCGUCGGCGUUACACAUUCGGGAAGGACUGCUCAUUGAAGCGAAAUCCUAUGAAAUUUGGACGAUUCAUGUGAGCUUUUUCAUCGCAUGCACAGCUUCUUUGCUCAGUCUUGCUGCCAUGACAUUAGACCGCCACGUUGCCCUUAUUUAUCCAGUUUAUUAUCGCAUAGCACUAAGUCCUAAGCGAGCAUUUUUCGUCUCUGCCCUUAUUUGGAUAAUCUCUAUCGCCUUGCCACUCAUUUACUUCAAAGUUGGCUAUAUUAUGUACGCUUUCGUUUUUUCCAACAUUGCUAUUGCUGUAAGUUUAUUUUUUCUAUUUUCUUGCCUGUUCAUAACUAGAAGGAUUGGCAGAAGAAAUUCUACUCUAGAAAGCCAUACAGGCCAAGGAAAACGGGGUCAAAACGGCAGGGAACGGAGAAGACGAAACAGUGAACUACAAGACCGUCUGACACGAGUGUUCAGUCUAGUAUUGAUCGCCUAUCUUAUCUGCUACGGCCCAUCUUGUGUAAUGGUGUAUCUUAUGAACUUUUGUGUGCAAUGUAGUUGCUCACAAAUUCACUGGUUUCGUGACAUGCAGUUAGUGUUUGUGCUAAUGAACAGUUCUGCCAAUCCAUUUUUGUAUUCAUGGAGGCUUUCUCCAUUCCGAAAUGCCCUAAAAAAGCUCUUGAGAUGCAAACCAAGGACUCAGAACGACAAUUCUUCCUCCUUAGAUAACAUUUUUCAAGAUCUUUCGACUUCACGGAACACGAGAAGUUACAAAAACAAUGCCAUAGAACUUGUGAGUUUUAAAAUUACCGAAUUUAGUCCCUAGGAUAACAUUCUUCAUAUGAAAUGAGCUGAGUUGGCAAUUAAAAAUAGUCUAAGAUUAAUUGUUGAGUUAAUAAAAAUUAACUCUAAAAAAGGUUCUUUUUUAAUUAACAAACUUUUUUGCCGUAUGAACAUUGUGUUGUUGAUGAAAGUUAUAGGCAGGUGAAGAGCUUUAUUACUUAGCCUUGGUCUUGCAGCAGGAUGAUAAUUUGAAAAAAAUGCUUAAAGCAAAUUUCAUUCAAUUAGGUUAAAUUUCCUGUCGAAUCUUAUUUGUAUUUUGUUGGAUGACUGAUAAAGAAUUGAAGUCCAAUCUUUUUUUUUUACCAGCACAAUUUCUUUUACAAAAUCCAAGAAGACAUACGAUACUUUAAUUAUGCUACAAGUCGUGUUAACAAAAAAAUAGAUUUUGAAAUAAAUAA